GUAGCUCAAUAUUAUGUAACACUGCGGUGUAAAACUAAUCGAUCAAAACGGCUGAUGCCGAUCAACGAGAGCGAUCGUUCGAUCUGGUGCCGAUCAACGAGAGCGAUUGUUCGAUCGUCUCUGUAAAAAGCACUCGCCUUUUUUUAUUGCUCAGUUGAAAUUGUACCACCAAUAAGACUAGACGUGAAAUAAAUUUGUGAUAAGAAUUAGUAGCCUUUUGCCGGAUCGGCCCGUUUUGGAAUUUUUCCCCCAAUUUGCAUCCGUUCGCAACUGGUCCCAACAAACUGGUGCCGUGACCAGGAUUGCGAUUUGCAAGCCAACGCUGGGUUAUUACGCUUGCCAAGUUUUCUCCAAGAUUGCCAGCGCCAUUCUCCUGAGGAACAAUUGGACGCUAUUGUGCACAGGAGUGUGAAUAGAUUUCCGCCAUCGCUUCGAUUGCCGAGCACAUGUGAACAAUUUAACUGUUGGUGCAAUUUAUUUGUAAUACAAGGCCUAAAAUUUCUCGACAGAAGGUAAUUAUCUGUCCAAACCAAGAUUUAAGUACGCAGGUGCGCUCUAGAUUGGUAUUUUCGUUUUCUAUGCUGCGAGUUCUGGUCCCAUUUUCCUGCCGGUGUGGUCCGAGCCGGCUUCGGUUGCAGUAAGGAUAAAACGAUCUGGCUAAAAUCGUUUACUGGCAGCCUCCUUAUCUCCGACAAUCGUAUGUUGGAGCGGAAUUGAAACCAUUCCAACAAUUAGUGGAACAUUGUCCGAUUAUUCCUGGCAAUCAUCGGCAAGGAUUUGCUUUCCCAUUAGGCUACGAUCCGAUAUCAUCUCACUUCACCCAAUCCAUUGAUUGUAUACCUGGUGUGCGGUCACACAUUUGCCGAAUAAAAAUAUUCAAGGCAUAUUAAGCCUUGGCGAAGAAUAUCAACCUACAUCAACAUGGAAAACGAGGCUGACACGCGUCAUUUGGAGCUUCGACGAACGGCGUUACUAUCAUCACUUGAGCGCGCUGGCCAAUUCAUAACUACUUAUCAAGAUGAAAGGGAUCAACUCGAGGUGCCGCUACGAUUGGAGAACUUGGACACAAUUUGGCGUGAGCUGGACGAACUACAAGCAGCAUUAGAGGCAACGGAAGAGAGCAGCGAGGGUAUGUCACAAAAUAAUGAAAUCCGUGCAAAAUUUGAAGGCCAAUACUUUAGAAUAAAGGCUGGUCUAAUUUCCAAACUGCCAUCAGAUAUUCCUGAUACGUCCGCUACCCAGCCUUCUCCCCCUAUGGUUUCCUCUAGUCUCAAGGGUCUCAAGCUUCCGACAAUCACAUUACCGGAAUUUGACGGUGAUUACAAAGAGUGGCUAGUUUUUCACGACACAUUUCAUGCGUUAAUACAUGCUAACCAAGACCUACCGGCAAUCCAAAAGUUCCACUACCUUAAAUCCGCAGUAACGGGAGAAGCAGCUCAGGUCAUUGAGUCGUUUGCUAUUUGCGCCGCAAGUUAUCCGCUGGCUUGGCAAGCUUUAGUUAGCAGGUAUGCUAACGAGUAUUUAUUAAAGAAGCGUCAUCUGCAUGCUAUGAUGGAGAUUCAACGAGUGCGAAAGGAAACCGCUUCAACGUUGCACGGGAUUGUCGACGUAUUCGAACGCCACACUAAAAUACUACGGCAACUUGGGGAGCCAGUAGAUGCAUGGAGUACUAUUCUUGAACAUCUGCUUUGUGUCCGCCUUCCAGAUGAAUCUCUCAAGGAAUGGGAGGUUCAUGCUUCAACGAUUGAGAAUCCAUCAUAUUCAGCGCUCAUUGAAUUCCUACACCGUCGUAUUCGUGUUCUCGAAUCCAUUUCUGUAAACCACGAACAAGCUGUACCGCAAAUUGCUACUUUUUCUCAUGUUUCGGCAAGUCGCAAUAUUUCCCAAUCAAAACCAGUGAACAAAACCGCGAUAGAAAAUUCAACCAACAAAUGUUAUGCUUGUGAGCAGCGCCAUCCUUUGAUAAAGUGUGCCAAAUUCGAACGAAUGAAUGCAGCUGACCGCCUGAGUCUUGUCAAUGCUAUGCGAUUAUGCCUCAAUUGUUUCCGAAGCGACCACUUCUCUAGAAACUGUGCAUCGAAAUAUACAUGCAGGUUUUGCCGAAGACGUCACCAUUCCCUACUCCAUGCUGGUUUCGAUAAUAAUGUUGAUCAUACCCGUCCAGAGCGGCUACCAGAGUGCUCUAAAAAACCUGAUCGUGCGUCUAUUAAUCUGAGUUUGGCUACAAAGCAAGAUCCUUCCACAUCGGUUCUUUCUGCAGCAUCGUGUUCCAAAACAUCGGAGCCUGGUAGUACCCCGCCACCAAAUGAGACGGAAAAAAAUGUGUUUAUGUUGACGGCUGUCGUCGUAGUAGUUGAUCGAUAUGGCAGAGAGCAUUUGGCGCGGGCUUUACUUGACUGUGCUUCUCAACCGAACCUAAUCACCGAACGGAUGGCCCAGCUUCUUCGGUUGAAGCGGAACAAAACAAACAUCCUUGUCCAAGGGGUUGGUAACCAAAGUCAACGUGCACGGGAGUCAAUACAAGUGAAGGUUGGAUCGCGAAAGGAAGGCUUCGCAAUGACUGCUGAGUUUCUUAUUCUACAGAAAAUUACGCCUGAACUGCCGUUGCACAACGUUAUGGUCGAUCAGUGGCAAAUUCCUUCAAAUCUGUUCUUAGCAGAUCCACAGUUUCACAAACGGGCCCCCAUCGAUAUGAUUCUUGGAAUCGAGCAUUUCUUUUCAUUUUUUAAAACGGCAAACCGAAUUCAGCUACCGAAACCUCUUCCCAUGUUGAUUGACAGCGUGUUUGGUUGGAUUGUGACUGGCUCAAUCAACAAAAUCAAUUUUUCAGAGCAGAAUUCGCCGUGCAGCAUUGUGGCAGUAUCUUUAUUCACCCUAGAAGAUAGUAUUGAACGAUUCUGGAAGAUUGAGGAAUUGCAAAUGCGGUCCGAUUAUUCAUUAGAAGAAAAGCAGUGUGAAGAACUAUUUUCAUUUACUACAGAAAGAACACCCAAUGGACGCUAUAUAGUACGUCAGCCCCGUCGCUCUAAAUUCGAUGAAUUGGUCGGAGACUCAAAAUCCAUGGCACGUCAACGAUUCAAUCUAUUGGAAAGGAGAUUAGAACUUAACCCCGAGCUAAAGGAAGAGUACCAUACGUUUAUGGCAGAAUACCUCUCCCUCGAACACAUGCGGCUUGUUCGAGGGGACGACAGGCAACCGCCUAAAGCAUGUUACCUCCCACAUCAUCCGGUCGUCAAAGAAACCAGCACAACGACCAAAGUACGCGUGGUUUUUGACGCGUCGGCCAAGACCUCCACAGGCUCGUCUCUUAAUGAAGCACUGUUAGUAGGUCCUGUGGUGCAGGAUGACCUCCUAUCAAUAAUCCUUCGGUUUCGAACAUUUCCAGUGGCAUUGGUGGGCGAUAUCGCCAAAAUGUAUCCACAAAUACUACUUCAUCCGGAUGACACACCAUACCAGAGAAUUUUAUGGCGAUUUAAUUCUAUGAAACCUGUCGAAACGUACGAGUUGAUGACGGUCACGUACGGCCUAGCUCCAUCCUCGUUUCUUGCUACGCGCACCCUCAAGCAAUUGGCUGCCGAUGAAGGCAACGCAUACCCGCUUGGAAAGGCAGCUCUUCAAAAGAGCUUCUACGUGGACGAUUUCAUUGGCGGUGCCGAAUCAGUCGCUGAAGCUAUCCAAUUAAGGACGGAAUUGAGUGAGCUGUUAGCCAAGGGUGGCUUUCCGCUACGGAAGUGGACCUCCAAUCAAUUGUCGGUUCUCAAAGGUUUGUCAUCAGAAGAAAUAGGCACCCAGUCAUCGAUAAAAUUUGAUACCAACGAAACGGUCAAGGCACUUGGUAUCUCGUGGGAACCCGAAUCCGAUCAGUUUCGCUUUGAUUCUGAGAUUCGACGACGAAAUGGUCCAGCUACGAAGCGUUCUAUACUCUCAGAGAUCUCUCAGUUAUUUGAUCCUUUGGGGUUGAUUUCACCAAUUACCAUCAAAGGAAAAAUGUUAAUGCAGCGACUAUGGCUUCUUCCGUGUGCAUGGGAUGACGAAGUUCCAGCAGAAAUUGCUGCUUAUUGGAAUGAUUUCACUGCUCAACUGCCAAAGAUUGCGAAUUUCCGUGUCGGUCGUUACGCUCUCAUACCAAAUGCUUCUAUCCAGCUACACACAUACUCAGACGCGUCUGAAUCUGCAUAUGGAGCAUGCAUGUAUGUUAGGUGCAUUAAUGCUGUGGGUCAAAUAAGCAUUCAACUCCUAGCAUCCAAAACCCGCGUUGCACCGCUCAAAAGAGUUACUCUACCCCGAUUGGAGCUCUGUGCGGCUCAAGUGGCGGCAAGACUUUACGCCAGAGUUGUUGGAGCGCUCCAGAUAACUACUACAAAAUCAUAUUUUUGGUCUGAUUCCACCGUCACAUUACAAUGGCUACGUUCACCGCCCAACACUUGGAAGAAUUACGUGGCCAAUCGAGUAUCUGAGAUCCAAGAUUUGACCCAUCGUGCCUUUUGGAAUCAUGUCGCUGGUACUGAAAAUCCCGCAGACCUUUUGUCUCGUGGCAUGCAUGUUGACGAUUUCUUGAAGAGUAAUUCCUGGAAGCACGGUCCCAAAUGGCUAUCAUGCCCUGAAAAUGAAUGGCCUAACACAAGGCUUUGUGACUAUCCCGUAGAAGGGAAAGAGAGGCGCAAAACGUUCGUUGCCGUUGUCAGAACUAAACCAUCCCAAAUCAAUCCUAUUUUCACUCGAUUUUCAUCGUUUAACCGCCUGCUUCGUACUUUCGCUUGCGUUCUGCGGUUUAUAGCUAACAUUCGGUGCAAGACGCGGACGCAGCCAUCGAUGGUUCAUUGCACUCCUCAAAGCGCUGUGCUAAGAGUUGAGCACAUAUUAUCUGCCGAACGAAAGCUAAUUCAACUAGCGCAGGCGGACGCAUUCCAGCCAGAGGUUAAAGAUCUACGAACUAAUAAAAUAGUGUCAAAACAGUCGCCAAUUCGACUGCUUACUCCAUUUUUGGACCCUGAGGGAAUCAUUAGAGUAGGGGGGAGACUUAGACUCUCAGACCAGCCAUUUUUAUCGAAGCAUCCUGCGCUCCUGCCUAGUAAUCAUCCUCUUUCACACCUCAUUGCCAAGUCCUAUCAUCUUUCACUUAUUCACGGUGGCGGCCGCCUUACCCUCGCUGCUAUGCGUGAAAAAUAUUGGCCUUUGCACGGCAGAAGGCUUGUUCGCAGUGUCAUCCGCAGCUGCUAUCAAUGCGCUCGAGCCGAACCACAAUCCACAACCCAACAGAUAGGACAACUUCCAUUGCAUCGAAUUACGCCCAGUCGCCCGUUUUCGGUAUCUGGAAUCGACUACGCCGGACCAUUAUAUUUAAAACCAGUGCACAAGAGAGCUGCGGCAACAAAGGCGUACAUUUGUAUCUUCGUGUGCUUUUGCACCAAGGCGGUGCAUAUCGAGUUGGCGAGCGAUUUGUCAACGAAUGCGUUCUUGUCUGCGUUGCGCCGCUUUAUUGCCCGUCGCGGACUGCCAACAGAUCUGUACACGGAUAAUGGCAAAAAUUUCGAAGGAGCCGCCAACGAAUUGGAGGAAGUUCACAGGAUGCUUCAGAACGAAUCACAGCGACAGCAAAUUAUGACAGAUCGAGAAUGUGAACGCAUCUCAUGGCACUUUAGUCCGCCGAAGGCCCCACACUUCGGAGGUUUGUGGGAGGCGGCGGUGAAGGUGGCUAAACGACAGCUCUAUCGACAACUUGGGAAUUCUAAAUUGUCAUUUGAGGACCUGGCUACUAUACUGGCGCAAAUAGAGGCGAGUAUGAACUCGCGACCCAUCGUUCCGCUUAGUGAAGAUCCCAACGACAUUUCUGCGCUUACCCCGGCACACUUCCUCAUCGGAAGUACCAUGCAUUCACUCCCUGAAAAAGAUUUGCACCAUACACCAACAAGCCGUCUCGACCAUUAUCAGCGCAUGCAAAAGGUUUACCAACAGUUUUGGCACCAUUGGCGGACCGAAUAUCUGCAGGAGUUGCAGCGUGAUACCAAAACCUGUCAUCCCAACAGAUGCAUUCAACCAGGCAGGUUGGUAGUGCUAACUGACGAGCUACAGAUUCCAGUGAAGUGGCCGCUUGCACGCAUAGUCGCUGUACAUCCCGGUAAGGACGAUUUAGUACGUGUAGUCACACUGCGUACCAACCGGGGUACCAUAACUCGACCGGUGACGAGAAUAUGUUUGCUGCCAAUGGAGGGCGAAGAUAUUUUGUGUAAGAAAAGUUUAGAACAGUAA